UAUUCUGUACAAGGAACUGAGAUCUACACAAGUUGUUUCAGUUGGGGUUCAACUAGAUCAUCGUUCAUCAUGCUGAUGAAAUUUUACUUCGUCAGCAUUUGGGCUGCUGCAUCGUUUUGUUUCAUUGUAAGGGCCACACAAAUUCCAACCUCCAAAUGUAUGAAACGUGGUUGGGAAUUGUGUAACAUCCAUCAAAUUGAUAUAAGCCCGGCUGAUCGAACGGUAGAAGAUAGAUCUUGUUCAGUUGAUCGCGGAUCCAACGUAACAGUUGCUUUUAAUUUUACUCCUCGCUUCGAAACGUAUAACUUGAAAUGGGGUGUUUGGGUAGAAACGAUGAUCGGUGAUUAUAAAGUCGAAGGAAUACCCGAAGAUGCUCACGAUCUAACCAAUUAUCCAACCAUUGAGAAUAAAAUCAACGAAUUCAAAUCAGUCAUCCAUAUCCCAGAUACCAUAAGAGCGAAAUUAUGGGUAGUUCGAGUAACAAUCACCGGAGACGAUGAGCACGACGUGUGUUGUUUCACUUGCCAAAUCAGAGUACGAGAAUCACAACAGAUCACAAAAAGUCCAUCCGAAUUUGAUCCUAACAAUCCGUACGAUAUCCUUCGCCAGCGUGUUUCUUUCCCAUCCAUUUGGGAUUUCAACGACGUCGUGAAAAAUUUCCAAAACAAUACCGACUUAUUCAAUAAAUUUGUCUUCGGUAAUGCUCCAACGACCCGUGGACCUGGGUUUUGGUCAUUCAUUCAAAACGGUUUCAGAAAACUUAUCGGUUUAAGUUACAAAACCUACAAAGUGACAACUCCCAAGAUACCUUUCUUAGGAAACGCGUCUUCUUUCAUGGAAUACAUGAACGACGUAAUCAAACAAAAUGGUCCAAAUCAGGAUGAUCAAUUUGAUCAGAAUACAGCCACCAAUACCGUAGACAUCGAAACUGUCGAAACAUCUCCGACGGAAACCGAAAGUGUCAGCGAAAUCGACGAAAUCACCAAAGAAACCAUAUUUGAUGAUAUUACUACAACAGAAACCAUUCCAACCUCAUCAGUUACCGAAGCUGUUGAAGAACCCGUCAAUGAGAGUAAAAUCGAUGUCGUGGAUAGUAAAUCUGCAAACGAAGAAGAGACAGAACCGGUUGGAAGCAAUGAAAAUGAUUGUGUUGAGGAACAAACCACCACUCCGUUAGUUGAAACAACUCAAACUAAACGAAAAACAACCAUUCGAAAGACGUCGGUGAAAAGAAAAACCAUAUCAAGAAGUGGAUCAAAGAAAGUAUCAAAUGUUGGAACAACUGGAAUAAAGAAAACUGUUAAACGAAUUGCUUUGCGAAAUCAAAAAGUGAAUAAUAAAAACAGGUAUAUAGGUAAAUGUAAAGGUGCUGUGUGCUGAUUAAAUUGAUCUUAUUCCUAUCAUUCGUA